UAUUAUUUUAUUUUCCCCGCAAAAUUAUACGUUUACGAUGCCCGGUACCGGGUUCAUUUUGUACGAAACGAAUUCGCUGCAAGGUCCUUUGGCCAACGCGUUUUUGCUUUUGAUUAACGCACUAUUUUUUAACGUCAAGCUGAUAGGACGACACAACGAAUAUCCCGACGACAAGGCAGAACGUUUGCUAAACGAAGAACAAACCACAUUCGAUUUUAUCAUAGUUGGCGCGGGAGCCGCCGGUUGCGCUCUUGCCAAUCGUCUCACCGAAGAAGAUCAAUGGUCCGUGCUUCUACUAGAAGCUGGAGAUUAUCCACCUAUAAGCUCUGGAGUCCCCGCGUUUUUUCCAACUUUUCUGGCAUCUUCUACAAACACGUGGGACUAUAUCAUCGAAAAGGAUAAACACGCUUGCCACGCCCAUCGAGAUAAACUCUGCAGAAUCACCAGGGGUAGAGUCGUAGGAGGCAGCAGCUCCGUUAACAACCUCCAUUAUCGCAGACCGGCCAGAGUCGAACUGGAAUACCUGGGAAACUAUACCGACGCUAUUUUCGAUAGCAUCGAGUUUUAUGCGGAUAAAUUAACCAAAGGCGACAUCUACCUCAAACGUUCCGAGUACAACGACUCGAUUAAAUCAGCUCUUAAAGACGUUUACGCUGGUGCUAGCUUCCAGGAAAGCAACGAUAAGAGUCUACUGGGAUACACCGAAAGCUUGUUGACGAUAAAGGACGCUGAAAGGUUUAAUCUGGCGAGGGCCUUCCUAUCGCCGAUCAAAAGCCGUUCGAAAUUCUUCUUGGUAAAGGACGCGCUGGUCGAGGGCGUGGUCACUUCGGAGCCCAUAAAUAAACGGGCCGUAGGGGUUAACGUGUCCGUAAGCGACAAAAGGAUCUUCGUUCGAGCCAGGAAAGAAGUUAUCUUAACUGCAGGCGCUAUCAACAACGCUAAAUUGCUUCUAUUAAGCGGAAUCGGACCAAACGAAUAUUUGGACAAGAGGAAUAUUAAGCCAAUAGCAAAUUUGCCGGGCGUAGGGAAGAAUUUACAGAUGCACCUGAUGGUGCCGAUGUUUAUUGGAUUAAAUAGCGAUAGCCCGGAACACUACGAAGACCUGGAUCUGAUGAGGGACGUGUUUGAGUAUGUUAUUUACAAGCAAGGUGAUUUCGCCCAUACCGGAAUCAACGACUUGGUGCUUUACAUGUCUACCGAGGAAUUUUCAAGCCAGCCCAACAUAGCCAUAUACCACCACUAUUUUAAAAUGCAAGAUAGGAUGUUAGGGGAAUGGUUGGAUGGCUUCCAAUUUCACCGGAAGGUAGAGGCCAAACUGGUAUCGUACAACCAUGAAAUGGCCAUUAUUAUGUUCAUGGUAACUCUAGUAAGACCUCGGUCCAGAGGGGAGGUUGUUCUCAAUGACACUCACCAUUUAAGCAACCCGAAAGUUACCGGCCAUUUCUUCAGCGAUCCCGACGAUGCUGACCUCGCUUCUUUAGUAUCGGCAUUUAGUUUAGUGACCAACAUCAGCGCCGCUUUAAAUGGCCGAUUUUUAAACGUCGGUGUGCCCGACUGUGGUAAUUAUAAGUUUUGUUCCGAGCACUACGUCAGGUGCUACGUGCGCGGAAUGGUCAGACCGAAUGGUGACGUUAGUGGCACCACGAUGAAAGGACCGGAAUGCGAUAGACACGCUGUGGUGAAGGACGAUUUAGAAGUGAGUCGUGUGAGGUGUUUGAGGAUCGCGGACUCGAGCGUUUUACCGUGGAUUCCCGUCGGGAACACAGUUGGGGUGGACGCCAUGCUCGGUAUUCGGAUGAGCGACAUUUUGAAGGAGAAGUGGAUCAAGGAUUACAAUCUUUACUGAAAAAAAUCAGCGUUGUACACAGUGUUUAAAAAUAUAUCAGCUAUUUUGUAGAGUAAACAGAGAAAUUUACUUUACCAACAAAUGGAAUAUAGAAAGGCUCGAAUCGAACCUAC